AAUGAGGAGAAGGGUUGCUGGCGGUGUUAUGGUUGAGGUAAGAUGCUGUGAUGGUGCACUGUACGGAAUGAUCAGAUUUACUUCCUCUAUUACCGAAAUGGCCGCAACAGGUGACUCUACAACAAGUGCGACUACUCCUCACCAUCUGUCACAUAACAUUAACAACUUGAUACCUGUUGUAGGAAAAGACCAGGUACAACCAAUAAUGCAAACAGAUAUAGAUCCUUCAAGAAUAAAAGAAGUCCUUUCAGUUGAUCAUCCACAAGCAAUCAAAGAGGAAAUGAAGGUUGAGGGAGAGGUUGCAGAUGACAUUGAUCCAGUAAUAGACAUUAUGAUAAAUAAUGUCGUGUCCUCCUUCUCUGUUGCCUGCCAUCUGGAUUUAAGGAAGAUUGCUAGAGAAGGAAAUAAUGUAGAAUUUCGGCGUGAAAAUGGGAUGGUCACAAUGAAGAUACGCAGGCCACCCACAACUGCGUCUAUAUGGUCAUCUGGAAAGAUAACCUGUACAGGAUCCACUUCGGAGCUCCAAGCAAAAGUCGCAGCGAGACGUAUUGCAAGGGCUAUCCAAAAGUUAGGCUACACUGUUAAGUUUAAAAAUUUUAGGAUUGUGAAUGUCCUAGGAACAUGCACCAUGCCAUUUGCUGUGAAGAUUACUCCUUUUUCUCAAAAAUUCAGAACUAGAGCAAGGUGAGUGUGAUAAAUGUUU